CAAAGGACUUAUCGGCGUAAAACAAAGGGAACAAGAGACGGGCAGUUGAAUUGGGGGUUUUUCUUGUCCUUUGUCACGAAAUCGCUCCUCGUAGUCACUAACACAUCUCUAACAAUAUUGUUAACGUAUCAGAGAACUGACUGACAAGAUGGAGAAAGAUAGCUUUGGCGUAGUGGAUUACGUAGUCUUCUCUAUAAUGCUGUUGAUUUCAGCACUGAUCGGAGUAUGGCAAGCUUGUGUUGGAGGAAAACAGAAUACUACUGCUGAAUAUCUCUUGGCGGACCGGCGGAUGAACUUCUUGCCGGUAUCAAUUUCAGUACUGGUCUCUUAUCUUUCUGCGAUUUCACUUCUUGGCCUGCCCGCGGAAAUAUUCUUUUAUGGGACGCAGUUUUACCUCACGUUAAUUGGAAUGGUUUUGACUUGUUGCGUGGCAAACGCUGUAUUCUUACCGAUGUUUCGUCGUAUAAGGAUAACUUGCAUAAAUGAGGUAAGGAUCAAGAGCCCGUUUCUUUCGAAGUCCCAUUGCUGACCGGGCAUUGAAAAUUAGCCAUAAUGGCCGAGGGACGGUCUGAUCUUGUCGUGUAUUCAAAGUUAGAGCCCUCAGACCAUCACGUCGUGACUUCAAGACUCAGCUGUGGCUAGUCUGCGUGGCAGGUGUUUGAACGCAGGCUAAGCUGUAGCUAGCUGUAAAAGCAACCUUAGUUUCACCUGUGUAGUCUUACCCGGGUCUUAUCACGAGAUAACACGUACACUUAGAGUUAACAAGGAUGAGCCAAUGAUUUUGGGCCCUCCGGUUUUAAGGUUUUCUUGAAUGAAAUUCGAUUUAACUUCUCAUUUUUAAUUUAUCAAUCGGGUUACACUACUCGACAUUCCUUAGGCACUAUGUGAUGAUAUGAAUUCCAUGACCAGUUGUUUAUCAUACUGACAAUCUAUAGUGACCUAGACAAUGAGGAUAGAAGGGUCAAUCCCUCUCUAAAUGCGUCAUCAACCAGCACUUACGCAGGGAAUCAUACUUUCAAGAAAUCCCUUAAGAAAAGUGAUUGCUAUUUCUUUUGCUGACUAGCAUAUUUAAACACUCCCAGGAAAGCCUACCUCCGGAGAGGGGGGACGUCCCCUUAAUUGGACUAAACGUGUAUGUACGCUCCGGUGAACAGGCUAUGGUUUGUAGACUUUUAUAGGGUCUUGACUCUUGAAUCUUAAACGAGGUAUAAAAUUUCACUAUUAAGCGUCUUGAACAGGAUGCUUUUCUGGACCGGAUACCUUUAAAAGAGUUCGAAGGUUGGCUAUUUUGUGGAACCAAGAAUAUUUUCACUGAUAAAGGCUUAUUCCGGGAUGCCAAUUAAAAAAUUGCUUAAUUUCUAUACGAAACGACAUGAAUAAGAUCUUUUGUGCUAAACAGGGUAACUAAAGUUAUGAUUUUUGUCUGUUUGAAGCCAGGGGCACACCUCUACCCAAACGUCCUUUGAGUUAACCCUCCUUCCCCCCCGGUAGUGCCACAACAGUUAAAAAUCAUCAGCCUAGCUCCCGAGAAAUGCUAAACACGCAUAGGAACUAAAGUAGGAAUUAAAUGAGUGACCUAACAAUUUUUUUUCAGUACCUUGAACAAAGAUAUUCUGUUGGCAUGAGGAUGGUAGGCUCUUUGCUCUUUGGAAUUGGCGUGGUAAGUAUCGCGGGUUUUGCGAUUUAUUUUUCAAAUCUCUCGUUAGCCUGCGUAGCUGGCGGUAUUGUGUAGUAGUCGAGUGAGAUUUGGCGGUGUUAUGAAGCAAGAGUGUAGCGUGAUUGUGAGAUGGCGUGAUUUUAUUAUUCCUUUGAUUUUGUUAUUAAUAGUUUCACUCGUCUGUCAGAGCGACAGAGAACUUGAUGACAGAUCGCAUUAGAAACUAAAGCUGAAAGAUUCACGAAAGUCACGAUUUUGUGUAAUGUGUGAGCGAGCCAUUGUACUGUGAGGAUCGAAGCUGUGAAAUAAACCCUGUUUUGCAUUAAAACUGUGAUACCGUGAAGAACGGCCCUUCGGCAUUUACGACAGGCGGCGGAGCCCUUGUAAUCCGCCUCGUCCCUACUCCCUUUUUCUGGAACACGGCUCCGCCGCCAAAACUUUAAUCUCGCACCCACACAAUACCGCCAGCUACGCAGGCUAAUCUCUCUUCCGUGAGACACGAAAAUGACCACGCGUGUGACGUAAGGCGCGAGACAGAAGAGUCGCCGCCCUCGUUUCUCGCUCGACGUUCCCACGCGCGUGCACUCUCCAUACCAAAGCAGAAGUCAAAAAGAGACUGCUCGCAGUCCUAUUUGUACCCAUCAUUCUUCCCGUAACUGAAGUCCAAAACGGUCACGACAGAAGCUUUUCUAUCUGUACAAGAAAAGCGAAUUAGAGAACAAAACGAGCGGUAGUGCAUAGAAUCUAAUCGAAGAUGAUAAUACUGCGGAAAUAAUGAAUAAUCCCAACUCGGAGAGGCCAUUGCCGACAGCUUUGGUUCGGGUAAGCUCGCUCGCCGUCGUUUCUUCCUUCAAGAUAAAGAUAUCAGCCAACUGAAUAACUAAGAACCGCGCUAUGAGAAUGAUGUGUAUUUCGUCAGUGACACGUACGGGUGACUCAAAAAAAAGAAAUCCGAGUUCAACCAACAGGAGCUAAAACUGUGACAAUUAAGUUUCUAGCCCAAAGGCUCUGAGGAGCUACAAAAGAAUCAUGAGAGCUAAAGCAGUUAAACGAGGUUAAUGAGGGCCGUCGUAGCAGUGUCCAGGACGUUCGUUACAUGCACCCUAGCUUACGUAGCAAGUGUUUCCCUGUAAGGUCGUCGAGAAAGUUGGGACGAGAGCAAAAGAGAAGAAUGAGGGAGAAGGAGGAGGGGAGAGAAGGAAAGGUUUCCUCUUUUCCCCUCUCCCUCCCCCUUCCCAUGUUUUUUUGCCCUCGCUCCACCUUUCGCGAAAUAACUCAAUUGAAAACGCAGGCUACGUUCACCCACACAAGUCUCCUGUAGCUCAGUGGGGGAGAGUCUGGUCUAGUAACCAGAACAGUGGCGGAUCCAGCGGAGGGGCCUGGGGGGCUCGCCCCUCCCCUUAUUUUUAGACCAAACUGAGGCCCGAAGGGCCGAAAAAUAAAUCUUAAAACCAGGCCGCGCCUUCUCUCAGGGUCUGGAUGACCGGGUACCCCUCCCCAUCCCCGCCCCCCUUAUCGGAAGGACUGGGUCCGCCACUGCAGAAGGUCAUAGGUUCGAUCCUUUUGAAAGUCGCCUAUUUCAAUGAGACUUAACUAAUAACCAUCAUCCUCAUAUACUUGUCAGGCUUAAAAGUCGCUUUUACUUUUGCAUGUUAAUCAGGCUAUAGUCGCUCAGUAAAUUUUGUAACUGUGAAAGCGUUGGGUCAACAUGAACUUUGUCUUUUUGUAAUACUCUUUCCAAUCCCGUUCAUUUUAUGCAGACAUUAUACUUGUUUGUGGCCUUAUUUGCUCCAUCUUUGGCUUUGGAAGCUGGUAAGUAACGUGACUUUGUACCCCACAACCUCCGCGUGUGUCUCUCUACUCUUUAUAAACAUCAUUCACACCUGGAAGAGUCUAGGUACUUCAAGUUUGGGAUGGAUUGGCGUGGAUCUCCCGUAACCUCUACUUUCAGGUCAGGGAUUUGACAUUGAAUGGUUCUAGCAGAGCCAGUUUUGGAAUAAAACAGAGUAUAAAAUCCGUUUUUUGGGGAUUCCCCGGUAUAAUUAAGAUCCUGUGACGAAGCAUUUGCAUAGACCAUUUGUAUCGUGAAGAGGAAGUCCGAAAAGUAAACAAGCGAAACAAUUGAACGUCAUGAAUCCAAUGUAGUCUAGGACAUAUAAGGGUAUCGUUUCCAAGUCUACAUUUUUUAUCUGCAUGCAAUGAUCUUAGAGUUUUUUUCUCCUGAAAAUUUCCAUCCUUUCACUAACCGUAAGCUACACGUUCAAUGAGCGUGUGGUUCUCCCGCAUUGUCAUAUCUAAUUCAGGUUGAAUGUUUAUGGACAAGAUAUUGAUCUCAGUGCUGGUUCCAGACCUUGAGACCUUAAGAUAGGGAGGGGGCCCGGUCAUCCACACCCUGCAAUAGGGGGGCGGAGUCUCCCAAACCUUUUUCGACCCUUCGGGCCUCAGUUAAGUCUAAAAAAAGGGGGGGGCGGGGGCAGAGCCCCCCCGGGCCCCUCCCCUAGAUCCACCAAAGGAUUUCCGGUAAAUUUUUGCUUGUGGGAUCCGUGAUCCUAAAAAAUUUUGCUUGUGGGACCCGGAAUCCCAGAAAUAUUUUCUUGUGGAAUUUAGGGUCCGGAAUCCCACUAGCGAUUGGAACCCGGAAUAAGAGAGAUCUGAAAUCCAAUAGCUGGAAUCUGGAAUCCAGAUGGCAAGGACCCAAUAUUUGUUUAGAGGGUAUAAGGAGUCAAAAUGUCAUUUGGAACAAAUAGUCUUUUCUAUUAACUCUAGUUGCAGGUAUUCCACUGACAGUUUCUAUCCUGGUAACUGGUAUUGUCUGUACGUUUUACACGGCAUUGGUAUGUUAAUAAUUAUUUAAUAGUUUUGCCAUUGAGGGAGGCUGUUCGUAGUCUACAACCACUAGAUGCAAAUACCUAAGUAAUGUUUGAUAUAAGUGAACCAUGAGUCCCGUCCUACUGUGACGACUUGCACUUGAUCGCUUCCUUGUUAGUAUAAGUCUUGGAGAGCUCAAAAAUGGUCUGAUCUCGGACUUCAAAAAUUGUCUGGUUUCUUUGAUUCUGAGCCCUUUGGAUUUGGGAUCGCCUUAUAUGGACCAAACCUUUCCUUGUCGCUGUACAGCGUCUUCCCAGGCCUUUUCGGUCAAUGGAUUUGGGUGACGUAGCCCUGACGAAAGGCUACUCGAACCACGUGAUCCGAAGCAGAUAGAACAAAAAAAGUGAGGCAAAGGGCGCUCUGUAAUUCAUGGCCCAACCCUGGGAUGCAACACAACAACCAAAAAGGGCCCUUUGGGCGAAAUGGUCACGUGGUACAAAAAUCACCUUGUUGGAUGGCAAACGACGCAGUGAGACCUUGAAAAGAGAGGAUAGAGCGAUUUUCGUAUCACCUUAGCUUGAAAUGAAAACGCGCGAACAAAAAAGAAACAACAAACGAACAGAAAUAGAGCGAUUUGAUUGGUUUAUCAAACGGAUAUAAAUACUCGUGGCUUUUGGUUGGUUAAGCGAACGCGCGGAUGAAAAAACUUCAUGCCCGAGAACUUUCUGGAAAUCAAUCGAUACUUCGCUUUGACGUCAUACUGCAACACGAUUGGCCAAUCGAACAAUACCUUCUCCACAAUAAGGUUUUCUUUGAAGGGAAAACGAAGAGUCCCUGUUUUGAUCUUUUCAUUCAUUGUCUGAUAAAAGAAAUAAAUGAAAGAAAUAACGAACACUUAUUUCAAGGUCAUACGAAAAUCGCUCUAUUAGCUGUUUGAAUGAUGUAACCCCUUUGGUUUUCUUGCCCUCUGCUUCGAUAGCCAUCCAGCAAGGUGCUGAAUGUAUCAUGUUAUUGUAACCGUAUCGCGUGCAAACGGACCAUAAGGUUUUGUCUAAAGGUAGGUUAGAGUGCGUGUUCAUGAAUAUAAAAACAAAAAAUGUUAAUUUAAGUUUAUGUUUAUACAGGGCGGUCUCAAGGCAGUUAUUUGGACAGACGUGUUUCAGUCAGUUAUCAUGUUAGCUGGUAUGCUGACUGUGGCGGUUACUGGCACCAUUGAAGUAGGUGGUGUGAAAAAAGUCUGGGAGAUCAAUGAAAAAUAUGGCCGAAUCAACUUUUUCGAGUAAGUACAGAAAGAUUUACUUUUAAAUCAUUACCAGUCGUAAAGAACUAAGCUUGAGUUCUAUGCGCUUUGAAAGGCAUGACCCCUCUCCAAUUCGCACGUAAACGUGACGAUCAAGGUGAGUAAGAUACCAACCCCACCCCUUAUCCAAUGUUAACAGAAACCUCUCACUUGGAACAAAAUGUUGGUUAAGGGAGUUUCCUAAGUUUUUUUAUAUAGUCAAACCUCAGGCUCUUCUCGACCGUUAAAAUUCCAGCGAAAAUCAUUAACAUUACCAGAGGUCAUUUGUUUUAGUGUUCAUCGAGUGAUUCAGUUCGAGUUUCACCAAAGUUUUAAUUCAAGCUGGCCAACGAGGAGCAGGUUUUCCCCUUCAACAAUUCAAGUUUCUUGAUGAUUUUUAUAUAUCCAAAACUAAAGCCCACUCUUUACCUAUAUAACUAUUAUUUUUUCCUUGUGAGAAAGGUGUUUUAGGACGGUCAGGCGUUGAGGCCGUUUGCUUCCCGAAAUUCCCCACACGGUCGUGUUUUCCUUCAUGUGCGUAAUGACAAGCCUACUCGAUAAAGUGUAAUUUGAUUUUUGUUUUUCUUUUAGUUUCAAUCCAGAUCCUAGGGUUCGUAACACCUUCUGGUCGUUAACUAUCGGAUUCACAAUCACCCUGGUUCCAAUCUGGUCUUUGAAUCAGUACUUUAUCCAGCGAUAUCUCGCCGUGAAGACUCUCAGGGAUGCAAAAAAGUAAGCCUAAACAAGAAGUCUUCUCCUUCUUCUUUCUUCACUUUAGAAAGGAAACGUGGUCGUGUCAACUUUUGCAAGGACUUCUGGGACUUAAAAAAAAAUGGCCAAUAGCUGAGCGGCACGUCCCCAGGAACAAUCCCAGAAAGAACUGCGGGGCGCAUUUUGGCUCCAGUUCCCUUCUCGUUUUCAAAGUGGCGAAGGAGUUUAUCGGUCACGUGACCAUUGAGUUGCAAUUUUUUUCCUCCACAGAGGAAAAAAAUCGAAAAUAAAACAUUCUGUUAAAUUCCGGGCCUGGUUAAAUUCUGUGCUGAUGUAUGUCCCCCUUUUAAGAUUUCUAACUGCAAAGUACAAAAUCUUUGGAUAAUUUGACAUAUGUUGUGAUAGGGACAUCAGUCACAUAAACCUGUUCCCUUAAGUUUUUAACAAAUAGUUUUCUUCUUCCUUGUAUACUUAACAUUAUUUUGAAUAUUUUUUAGAGUUGUAUGGCUCAAUAUUCCAUGCCUUCUAGUGGUGGUGACUAUAUUAGCUUUGGAUGGAAUGGUUAUAUUUGCUAAUUACGCGGGCUGCGACUUGUUUGUACAAGGCAAGAUUACAAGAGGGGACCAGGUGAGACAGUAACCUUAAACCUUAAAAGGGGGUGUCAGUAAAACGCGGACUCGGUGUCUAUCUUAUUUUUAAAGAAUGCUGUUUUGGGGUCAGUGAUAGGAUUGACACUAACCCUACGUACUAUUUGCUGUCUUUUUAAAAAGCUAAAACUUUUUUGCAUCAAUUAAAUCUCAAAGAUAAUGAUCCAGUGUUGUUAUUUAAGAGCACCUUUAGGCAUUGAAACUGUUUCCUGUCGUUUGUUGCAAAGGGUAGCAAGGAUGGACAUGGAUUAAAACUUGAAAAAUGUUGGGUCAACUUUUUCAAGUUGUAAUGCUAUGCCCACAAAACUCGCCAUGUUGAAAAUUGACCAUACUCUUCACUCCGACUUUUAGAUAAUUUUUCCGUACAAGACUGACUCCUAAUAACUUGAAGUCCUUUCCGAGAUAUGCAGACGAUACAAAACCCAUCUGAACUAGAGAAUGAAUGCAUGAUCUGAUUACAUCCCAUGAUCUCUCUAACGCCUGUUUAAAUCACGCGUUCUCUCGCGUUAUCUCGUUUACAGCACGCCCCCAAAAAGUAUUAUAUUGUUGGUAGUUCCUGCUGAAAUUUGUCUGAUAUCUCCUUCAUAAUUAUACAGGAGCAUUUUGCGUAUGAGUAACGACACUGGAGUAGUGACUUCAGCACAGAAUUGACCUUAACCCUUUAAGUCCUGAGAUACACAUACAAAUUCUCCAGACUGUUCUCAAUACAUCACUUUUAAGAACAGUUGAGAGAAUUUGGUUUAAGAUCAAAGCGUUCUCACAUUGGUAAUCAAUUACGUAAUUCUCAUAACCUUUACUCUUGAUGAUCUACUGAUGAUGUUAGGAGAAAAUUGACGUUGGUCACUCUUGGGACCUAAAGGGUUAAACAGCAAUAUCCUCGUGACAUAGCCCCUUUACUGCGAAAUUCAUUGUAUCACGCUGCGCGAUAGACUCCGAGCAGUCUCCUUUUUUUCUUGGUCCGUCGAGCCAAAGGCGGGAGACACGCAAAUGACCACUUCGUGUCUCGCGGCCGCACGUGCACUCCCCUCCCUAAAUCUGAAGAAAAAGAGAGAUACGCAGUCUAGCGGCGCGAAAGUACUUUGAGUUUUUAUGUUCCGUCAAUCAUCUUGCCGGACCUUUUAAGAAACACAAAAUAUCAACAAAAAAGUGGAACACGAGCCGCGGGCGAGUGUGUAUGUCACUGUGUGUUUUUUGCCCGGGCCAAUAGGCGCUUGCCUUUUUGACUAAGUAUUUCAUGACCUGCGCAUGCGUAAUGAAUUUUUUUUCAGGUGGUUCCAUACUUCGUUAUUAACAAACUGGGACAUUUAAGCGGCUUGUCAGGAUUGUUUACUGCUUGUCUUUACAGUGCCGCGCUAAGGUAAAAAGAACCGUCAAUAAAUAAUAUAUUUAAUGCUUUUGCCAUUAGAUACGUUCCCAAGUUCAACUCUAAAGGCACGAAUAUCUGUAGCAAGAAUCUAAGACCAAUACAAUAACUAUCCCUACGGUAAAAUGUGGCGUUAGCUAUAGAAUCUCUUUUAACAAAAAGCUCGUACUGGAACUUUUUAAAGAAUUGAAGCUUGCUUAUGGAAUCCGGAAUCCCACUAACGAUAAAAAUUCCAGUGACAUGGAACCGGGAAUCCACGGCGUAAAAUCCAGAAUCCAAGACUGGGGGGCGAAAGGCCAGUACAGCACAAGAGGAGAGGUGUAAUAGUUUAUACUUUUAGUAAGCGGUAGCUUUGGCAAAGCUACACUAAGGUAAACUGACUGUUUUAUCUGCCACCUGUUGUAAACUAGCCUCCCACGCUGACGUUCGUUUGGUAUGUCACGCAAUCCUCCUCUGGGACAGGAACGCGUGACGAAACCCUAAGAGGGUGUGCAUAGGAGGCUGGUCGUAAACUGAAAAAAUGAAUAAUUGAUUAACUCAGUUUUCUGUUAGCACGAUAUCGUCGGCACUGAGCGGCAUGUCCUUAAUCAUGCUGGAGGAUUUCAUUAAGAAGAAGGUCAAGCUCACUGAUAACGAAGCUACUAAAAUCAGUAAAGUUAUUGGUGAGUUUAAAUUAAGAGAAGCGUAUUCUCUAAUGUGGUUUAACAACCUCGUUUGUUGUUAAAUGGAAUAAGAAAAACAGGAAAUUUUCGAUGAGGAUGUUUUCAUGUGCCUGUGGAGCCUGUACGAGCUAGAGGCUUGUGGAUAGGAGGGGGGAGUUACUUCUCCAAGUUUUUAUCAUUUUACUUUAUUAUUUUUUACAUAGGAGCUUAAAACUCCCCUGACAAACUCUUAACCAUAUAUAUACCCAACAAUCCCAAGAAUUCGUACGCUAGUUUUACUUUCUAUACGCAAAGUCAGAAACAUGUUAUUAAAGUUCAGACCAAAAACGUCAAGUUGUAUAUUUAUUUCGACUUCCUCUUGGGUGCGGGGGGCGGGAGGGGGGAAGGGGGGAGUCGUGUGGUUGAAGGGGUAGGGAUGGGGGAAAGCGCAUUCCCCGGGCCUCAAAUGUUUAACGAAGAUCGUUACGUGGUUUCCCUAUCUAGGAGUAUACUAAUCGAAUAUGCCAUACAACCAUGAUGGGUUAGUCUCUAAAAGUGCUUUACCGCUUUGUUUUACUCGUGAAACCAGCUUUCAGCGUUUACAGCCAUGACUGUGUCCUAGCCUAAAUAACGACGGAAACAAAUAGAAUUAAACUAUUCCUUCUUACUUUUAAAGCUGUUGUGUUUGGCGCCAUUACCAUGGCGGGUGCAUUUUCUGUGAAAUACGCUGGGGCUAUGGUACUACAGGUAAGAAGGAAUACAUCAAGAAAAAAUCUAUUUUAUGAUGUACUGAAAUAUACAUACUUGCAUCACCAUCAUCGUCAUCAUCACAAUCACCAACACCGACAACACCAAAAUGUUCAUCACCUUCACCACAACCAUCAACAUCAUUGUCAUCAUCAUCAUCAUCAUCAUUGAUCAUCAUCAUCACAACCACCACCACCACCACAGGCGGAUUUUCUGCUAUUUUUAAAGAAUUUAAGUAAAAUAAAUAGCACCUAUAUAGCUGCAAAUGUCCCACCUUCCUCCAUUCCGAAUUCACCCUGACCACUACUAUGAUCGUCACUAUUACCACCCCCACCAUCAUCAUCAUCACCACCAACACCGUCAACAUUAUCAUCAUCAUCAUCACCGUCAUCAUCAUCAUCAUCAUCAUCAUCAUCAUCAUCAUCAUCAUCAUCAUCAUCAUCAUCAUCAUCAUCACCACUGCCAUCAUCAUCAUCAUCGUCAUCAUCAUCAUCAUCUACAGCCCCAUUAGGCAGGAUCACCAGUAUCAGUAUCAUUGCCACUGUCAGUAGCCGCAGCAGCAAAACCAUCCUUUGAAACCAUGAAACUUAAGGGAUCAGGAAAAGAACAUUGUCUUCAUGGGGUCCUAAUUCGUAUACCCAAGCCUCGUGAUCAUCAUUUUUGUUGUUACAGCUACCGUUUUUAACGUUAAGGUAGAACUGUAAAAAGAAGCCAACACAUGUAAAGAUAUUAUCCUGAGUGUAUUGUUAGUAUAGGUAAUAGCAUGAUUUGUAGUGAUAUUUGGCGUAAAUACCACGAGUGAUAUUUCAAAACUUCACGAGCCGUUAGGCGAGUGAAAUUUGAGAGAAUUUUGAAAUAUCACGAGUGGUAUUUGUACCAAAUAUCACGUACGAAUCAUGCUAUUAUUGGUUUAUACUACUACCCGCAAGAGGUUUGCAAUUUUCACAUGUAGGUAUUUCAAGUUAAGCUGAAAUACCACUGCUCUAAGCCAAUCAGAUUGCAGAAAUUUCUCAUGUAGCAGUAUAAGCACUGUAAUUUACCCAUAGUAAGUCUCAGGUAAAGUCUCUAAUAUUCGAGUUGAUUACCAAGUGAACACCUUAUUUUCUAAUCUCUUUAUUUCUUUGCAGCUUGCAUACAGCAUUUCUGGACUCACUGGAGGAAUUAUGCUAUCUCUAUUCCUGGCAGGGUUUUUUAUUCCAAGGGCCAAUGCAAAGGUAAAUUGUUUGGCUGUUGUUAUUUUUCCGGUAACAAUUCAUGACCCUGACUGGCUUUAUUAGGUAUCAUGAACGUCCGGAAUCAAAAGGUAGCAUAUAUUUCAGACGAUUACUUCGAGUCGUUUUUACUCUUUCAGGGAGAUUGAAAGAAACUAAUGAGAAGGUUCAUCAAGCGGAAUAGGAAUUGAUUGAAUUGAAGAAUUACUUGAUUUAUUCCUCUUGCUCUACUUGGAAGCAUAGUACAUCGAAGACAACGAGAUAAAGAUUACGGUUGUGGGUGGUGGUCUUAGCCUAGUUUCGUGACAUACUGAUACACCUCAAUUAGACCAAUUAUGCAUCCUAGAUCUUAUCUCGUAUCCCUGUGGGUUCUAUUGUAGAGCCUACCGCAUAAUGUUCUGUCAGUCCUUCCUCAAUGUAUGUCAAAUCCAACCCAAUUCCUUCUUCUGAUGGUGGCUUCAAUCUUCUCUUGACCCCUCCAACAGUUUUUCAUUGGAGAUUGCCCUUGGCCAGAAGACACCCAAAAUUUCUCUCAUCUUUCGUGAUGUCUGGAGUUUGUCCUAUUAAUUUUGCAUUUGUUAUGUUCACUGUGACGACUGUGCGACUGCGGGAGCAGCUUUUACAGAUAUUGUGAAGUUUAUAAGUAUCAAAAUUCCUUUAGUAAUUCCUCCAAUUCUGUCCGGUAAGCGCUUCUAUCUCGAACAAAACCCCAUUAAAAUAUCAUUAUAACUGUGACAAAAGACGGAUCGCAACGCACCUAUCCUAUCACAUUUAGAGUGUUAAUAGCAACUGACAUCACGGCUUAACUGACAGACGACCAAUAACAUCUCGACCAAUAAAGUAACUAGAUUUAAUUACCGCCAAAUGAUGUGACCUGAUAAAACUCUCUGACUGGUGAUUUUUUCGCUGCCGUCGCCGUCGUAGAUGCUAAAGCCCCAUAUCGUGUCUUUAACGCAGGGUAUGUACAUGGGUGUUUUCGCUGGCUUUGGUUUGGUUCUUUGGGUCUUCAUCGGCUCCGUCCUGUAUCCGCCUAACAGUUACCCAGGCGUUCGCUCGGUCAGGGAGUGUUCAUUUUAUGAAGACGCCCUGGCAGCUAACUCUACUUUUGCAAACGGUACAUACGACAAUAGUUCGGCAAAGAUCUUCCGCAAAUAUGGUGACGGACUUAUCAGAAAUUCUUUUAAACCAUACACAAGGUACAGUAAAACAAAAACAAACUUGGUCGAAUUCACUUUCUAGAAUUCUGGGACUUUUACUAGACACUGGGGAAAACAUUAGGCUGAUUUAGCAACAGAACGGAAACGUCUGUUGACGACUGCGCGCGCAAAUCAAACAACUGGAUUGUUUUGGAUUGACCAAUGGGAGGGCGGCAAAUUUGGUACCGGAAGUCGAGUUUAGUCCUUUCUGGGCGCUUACCCGUCUUCAAAUGACGUUCUCGUCCUGUUGCUAAAUCAGCCUAUUAGCCAAUCUGAGCGGUGCGCGCGCAGCAACGAUCCCAGAAACAACUGCGGUGCGAAUUUCGGCGCCAGUUCCCUUUUUGUUUGUAAAUUGGCCAACGCCUCCUAAAACGGUCAAUCCCCAUGUGAUACGCGAGUUUUAUUCAAAACAUCCUGACGCAACGUGAUGAUUGAUUGCUGCUAACAUGGCAUGGCCUUAGUGUCUUUGUUUGGUGAUAGAGCUCACGAAAGAACUGUGGUUUUAUUGAAGUAGUGCCGGAAUUAACAGUGUCCAGAAUUAAUCUGAUAUACCGAGAAUUAUAGGAAGCCGAUAUAAAUGGCUGCAAAAUAGUUAAGCUCGCUUCUUAUAUUUAUAUCUGUUAUAUCUUAGUGUUUGACUUAUCAGACAAUGGCUAAAUACCAACUAUUACGUGUGUAGCUAGGGCCUUAAUAAGAGGAUAUAAGCAUACCCAAGAGGUCAAACACCGGUCUUUAUGCUUAUCACUGUUAGCCAUGCUUUACAGAAACACUCAUGCAGCGCGUUUGUAACUGUUUUCCCUUCUUUUUUUAUUGUAGCAACCCAUUUGCUGAUCUUUACAGUUUGUCAUACCUGUGGUUUAGUACUCUGACCUUUGUUACAACAACUGUUGUUGGCUUGACUGCGUCUUUACUGCUUGGUAAUUUUUGUCCUGAUUUUGACUUAUUGAUUAAUGAUUGAUUUGAGUUGCCAAUUGCCCAUUUCCGAGUUGGUCCAAGCCUCAAGCAAGUUUCAAAGCGAGGCUAAGUGCGAAGCCAUUGAUAUGAAAGCGAGUUUUUAUUCUCAUGCAAAUAAAACUCGUUUACACAAAAAAGGUUUUGCACCUAGCCUCGUUUUGAAAGUUAGUUUUGGAAACUUGGAAAUGACCUAUUGCUCUGCCUCUAACGGCAUAAAUAGGUGUUGUACCCACAGUCUUGGUGGUUGUUUUCUAAGUUCUUUACAGUCUCAUUUGCCAAAAAAUGCCUUCUCUCAACUUUACGGAUUGUGUCCCGGAUCAGCAGGAACAUAGUACAUGCAUAUAUAGCGAUGCCCGCCAUAAUGAAUGUCGACCGCUGACCUCUUCUGAGGGCUCGAUUUCCGCUGCCCUCUCGGUCUGGGGCUUCAUUUCCUGAACAGUGGCUGGUAAUCGAGCCUAGGCUUUUACUCCAAAUCAUAUCUCGGGUAAGGCUAAACUGGCUUUUAAUCUCUUUUGCUUCGUUAAGUUGUAGUGAAAUCAGGGUUGUACAGCGUGGGCCUCUUUUAGUAAAAUGACAAUUGGAUUAUCAAUGAUACUAUGAUUAUCAACCAGAUAUUGUAAACUAUUGUUCUUGAUUGUUUGUGUGUUUUUAUUGUUGUUGUUGAUGAUGAUUUUUGUUUCUUCUGUUGGUCUUUAACAUAGAAACCAAGGAAGACCGAAAGAGGCAAAUAAGUCCUAAGCUAUUCUUCCCACUGAAGGCCUGGCUAUAUGGAUUUCUGCCUGGUCACCAUUUCAGCUGGGAAGAAGAGACUUACUGUGAUGAAACUGAUAUUGAACUGAAGGUAUAUUUUCUGACACGUUUUACUGAACAACUCGUCUUUUGAAUAAAACGCUCACAGGACCGGAUAUAACUCCUGUUUGAGCAUGAAGGACCUUUAGAAUAUUACUCCUACCUUCUUGAAGGGGUGCAAGUCCAUUACAGGGUUACCCCUGGCAGUAAAUCACCAGUAACUACUUUACCCGUCGGUAUAAUAUAGCUCCCAUUGGUGCCGCUAUACUACCCCCUAGACAAUAUGCUCGUGCACCACAAAGUUACCAAAGCGGUAUAUCACCAUUUUUUUUUACCCCUGGGUAUAAAACAACACCCAAAAGUAACCCCUUCCCCCCAUCCAUCCGGACACGAUGUUAGUGCACCACAAGGCUUCCCUUUCAGUAUAUCACCAGUAUCUAUUUUCCCUUGGCUACAAUAAAGUACCAAGUAGUAUCGCUACUCCCCCUACGGCUUGACAAAAUGCUAGCGCACCCCAGGUUACCCAAGCAAUAUAUCACACGUUAGAUAUUUUACCCCUAGCUAUUGCAAUACAGAACCAAGUAGUAUUGCUUCCUCCCUCCCCUCCGUGGAGAAGACGCUAGCUUACCACAGGGUUACCCCAACAGAAUUUAUAGCCUUCCUCACUUGAUGAGGUACAAGUCCAUCACUUAUUUACCCAGCCGUAUAUCAACAGCCCUAAUUUUUACCCCUCGGUACAAUUCAGCAUUGAGUAGUACUGUUACUUCCCCUGGAUGGGAUGUCAUUCCAUUGCAGGGUUACCCCCAACUGUCUGUUGUCCCUUCUCUUUCAAAACCGUAAUUCAGGUUAUGUUCUUUUAUUAUUCACAUUUAAAAGUAUUAUUUUCUUUUAACAUUAAUUUGUUCUAAAUUUGGUCACUUAUUUCAGAAGACGUCUGGCAAAGGAGAAGAUACACGUUUCUAGUUAAAUGAAUCAGGACACAUGUAACCACCUCUUCUAUUCUACUGUUGACAACGUGAAGAAAUUGCUGCCACCACCACCGCGUUAGAAAAAGAACUUACAUUCAUUAACCGCAAAAAAUUGGUAACUCCCUGUGUGCCAUGGUAUUUGUUAUUGUUUUUCAUCUAAAAGGCACAUGUUUAAGGUCAUGAUUUAUUGCUAAGCUUAAAAGCAUUGUGUCAGCUGCUUGGCUCGGUCAAAAACAUGGUCACAACAAUGCCAACUGUAUAAUCAAGCCCAUAAGAAGUCCACUCCAAUAAUAUCUAAUAACAAAAAAUCUUAUAUCCAGAUAUAGCUUGAAGUUUGAAGUUUAUUAAGGUUUUAAAACGUGGCAUGUUAAAAGGUCGCGCGCGCCUUAAUGAAUAAGUAGAUUCGUGCGGUGCAGGCAAUAACUUAUAAAGGCGGUGAUUAUUGUCAUUUACAAUUGUGUGAAAAAGUGACUCACAUAUUUCGUCAUGGUGUGUUACUAAUUCCUUAAAGUUCGUCAUAACAAGAGCUUGAGGUUACUGUAUUCUUUUCUACAGUAAAAAUAGGUUCGCAGAAAUGCGAGUUAGGCUGUUAUUGCUAGAAAAAGUUGGGCUGUUGCGGCAAGAUGCUGUCACUCAACAAAGCGGAUUUUAUGACGUGAAAGUCGUUAGUUUUAGCAAACGCCUGUGCAAUAAGAGAUCGCCUCGAUUUCAUUUCUCUUACUAACAAUGCUGGUUUUGUUGUUUAUGGCUUUUAACGUAAGUAUAUAUUCUCAAGCAUAUAUUCAUUGUGGAUUUCACUAUGUUCCUUAAGAUUUCAGCCAUGUGCGCUGACGGAACUACGCUGUAUAUUAAAUAAGAUUUUUCUUUUUUUUUCUCUUUUGCAUUUCAUUGAGCUAUUUUAAGGAAAAAUAGUCUGCAAAUAUUGUAAAAUAAAAACGGUGAGUUGUAUCAAGAGAGGAUAGCCCCUUUAUCCUCUCUUGGUUGUAUCUUAUUCCAACCGAAGCCCUUGUUUUCAAUCAACCUUGAAUGAGAAUGAGGCAACUCCAGAGUAAGAGGAAGCGAGAGCUCCAAAAAACUAGACGCGGGGGUCAUCAAUUCAGAGCUGUUUCAAACGUCGUGCUACUGCCGUGCCGAACUAAAUUGAUUGACGUUUGAAACCAAGUCUUCCUACUGCCGUGUAGGCUUUGCCGUGCUACACGGCAGUAGCUCGACUUGGUUUCAAACGUCGCGCUACUGCCGUACCGAACUCAAUUCAUAAAGUAUAAAUACAGUAGAAUACAUUUAAAAGUUUGCUAAACCGUUUCUUUAUUUUUGUGUUUUGUUUUCGGCAACUGCCGUU